AACCGGAAACUAACGAUUGGAUAGAUGAGAACUCUGGCGAAGAAAGCAAUGAUGCGAGUGAUCUCGAUUGCAAGCCGCCAACGGAAAUAGUGGAAAACGAAAUGAAGUCUAAAAACAUUGCACCAGUUGUUCCACCCUGCACGCUCUGGAAUGUCAGUCCUCGGCAAAAAACAAAACAAAAGAAAGACCUGCGCAUUGAGGAACUCAUUGCCGAGCGUGACCAAUUCUUGCAUUUAUGCAGCAAAAAUCGUUUUUAUGCAAAUCCCAAUUUCAAUCAGCCAUGGAGCGUGUUCUCAAAACUCGCUCACAAGCUAUCCAGCGACAUUGUCGGCAUGAUCGAGGAAGAUUUUAGUAUUGGUGUUUCGAAGUUUGUGCAAGAUUUUCUGGAUAACGAAACAAAGAUCUAGCGUUUGCGACGUAUCCUGCGGUUUUAAUUUUUUUUUUUUUGUUNUGUUGUGUUACUCUUGUAUGUGUGUUCGUUUGUAUACUUAUGUGCAAAUUUGAUUUUCAAGCUUUUAAAAAUUUUCGAGCCAAUUUCGGCUGAUCUGUGUACAGUACAACGAUCCACAUAACUAAUUUUUGCGAGAGUGUCAAAGGUCAAGGUAGAAAACUUGUAAAUACUUGUAAUUUCAAUGCUUUGUCCUUUGACACUUUUGCAAAAAAAAUGUACUGUGUCACGCCAAGUUAGCUC